UGAUACAAGUCCAAGGGUCAGACUGGGUUAAUUUUAAAAUAGAGGGAUAUAAUUACGGGUCAAGUUGGGUUGAAGAUAUAAAAAGAACGGGUUGGAACGGGUCGUUUAGGUUUUCUGAGAACGGGUUGAUCAGCUCUGUCUUCAUCAAGAUUGACGUGAAAUUGACCCACGUUGCUUCCCUUCUUUGCUAUUCUCAUUGGAGACGAGCCGGGAUCUAGGGUUCAACCAUCUUCUACACGCCGUACAACUGGCACGAUGCCCCUUGUUUCAUAGAUCAUAAUCUGGAGAGGAAUUGAAUUGAAAUUCCAACCAGUUUAUUGAACAAUCAGCAACUGUUGAAUGAUUGUCAAAAUCUCCAUCAACCCCUUUGAAUCCAGAAUCAACUCUUACGGCUCCAGGACGGUCACGCGUGAUUUUACGUAUAUUGAUGAUAUUGUGAAAGGGUGGUUAGGCGCAUUAGAUACCGCGGAGAAGAAUACCGGGAGUGGGAGGAAAAAGCGUGGGCCCGCACAGCUGCGCGUGUUCAACUUGGGGAACACGCCGCCGGUGCCAGUUUUGGAUCUUGUUGGGAUUUUGGAGAGAUUGUUGAAAGUUAAAGCGAAACGGAUGGUAAUGAAGUUGCCGAGGAAUGGGGAUGUUUUGUUUACGCACUCGAAUAUUAGUUUAGUGAGGAGGGAGUUUGGGUAUAGACCGAAGUUGAUGAUCUAGAAGACAAACUGCUUCCAGCUCAUGUGACGACUGUUGUGUUUUAGGAUGUUGGUGUUUGACUGUUAAUUGUUUCUAACAAAUUAUCUUGUUAUUGAGGUCAGUAAUGAAAGAAAUUGAAGCAUUUUUUUGUUAUGUAUAAAAUUCUUGUUGAUUUUGA